UGUGUUACACUUUUGGUCAAUUGUUCUGAUAGAAGUAACGUUAGUGGAGUCCUGGUAGAUUACACUCAUUUUAUUCUGGCUUUUAAAAAUUGCCUUUAUGUGACGUGACUCUUUCCAGUAUACUCCCACAGCCAGGUAUAUUAUGUCAUGGUCAAAGUUUUUCCAUGGGAUUAGAUUGCACUGAAGGGCAAAUUUAGUUAAGAUACAUAACUUUAUCUAUAAACACUUCUUUGUUGCGCAGAAAUAAGUGGAUGUAUUUAGAUUAACUAGAACCUGCUCCAUAAAGUAGAUCUGAUUUUUUUUAUAUUUACAAUAUGCUUACUUCUCUUCUUACAACGUAAUGUCGCCCUCUAGUGGGAAUGCAUAGGGUCAAUAUUAUUUCAAGUAAUGUGCAUUUGAGCAUCCCGUUUAUGCUAGUCUUGGUUUAGAGACAGUUAUAAGACAAAUUGUACCACUACUGCUUACAUUUAUUAUUGGUCAUCUCUACUUUAGUAAAAAAAAAAUUUGACUGUGCUUCUGAUUUUCCAUUUCUGUUCUGUUUAAAGUAGGCUAUAUUUUUUCAGUAAACUUCACCAUUUAAAUGCUUUUUGUCGCAGUACGCGCAAAAUUUCGAUAGGUGGAGUUUAUACAAGCUUUAACUCCUUUAGCCGUUCAUUUUUGUACAAUCCUUUCUUGUAAAUGAACUUUAUAACAUACCGACAUAUACGUUCUGUAAAAACAAGGUGAUUGCAAUCCAACACGGAUUUCUAAAGAUGUGAGUUUUUCUAUUUAGAAGUUUGUUUCAACAUUGCUUAUUUGGUCAAGAAGGUGAUUGGGUAAAUCCUCGCACUUCACUCACAGUUAAAAAUAAUAAUAGUAGAAGUAAGUUACUGAUUACUGUCGCAUUUGAGCGCUCGUUUCUCUGAAAACUUCUAGCACCACCUGUCUCUAUCAGAUCAUGACGUUAUAGCCUGCCGACUCUAUUUCGCUUUCCGUGAAUUUAAGUUUAUGUAUAGCAAUUUUUCUCGAAGCAAAAUAGAGCACACAGAAAAAUAUGUCUUCGAAGGAAAAGGGUCAUAUACGCACUUUGGCAUUAAUGGUGACCUCUGCAGCUAUAGGGGGAACAUUACAAUAUGGAUACAACCUGGCCAUUAUGAACGCACCGACUGUUUUCAUUCAGAACUUCAUUAAUGAGACAUUUCAAGUGCGUUGGGGAAUACAGCUGGAGGUGUUUAAGGUCACGCUUAUAUGGACUGUUAUAGUCUCCAUCUUCUCAUUAGGAGGUUUAAUAGGGGCCCUGGUGGCCGGGCCAAUGUCUAUCCGUUUUGGGAGGAAGAAGACUUUGUUGCUGAAUAACGUCUUCUUAUUGUCAAGUUCACUUCUAGCAUUGCUGAGCCGAACAGCAAAGUCUUUUGAGAUGAUUAUUGUCUCCAGAAUUUUGGUUGGCAUAAAUGCAGGUAUCAGUAUGAAUGUACAACCCAUGUAUUUUGGUGAAAGUGCACCGAAGCAUUUAAGAGGCGCUGUAUCUCUGUCCUCAGCUGUAUUUACUUCAUUUGGUGUGGUGUUGGGACAGGUCGUAGGUCUAAGGGAGUUGUUAGGUAGUGAGCCAUGUUGGCAGUACUUACUGGCCAGUAACGCUAUCCCGGGCAUCCUUCAACUUCUCACCUUGCCCUGGUUUCCAGAGAGUCCCCGCUACCUCCUCAUUGACCGUGGGGACAAAGAGGCCUGCUUACAGGCACUUCGCAGUCUUCGAGGCUGUGAUGUGAAUAAAGCAGAGCUGGAUGAAAUUCUGGAGGAACAGAAUGAAACCAAAGGAGAGAGAGCCAAACGGCCAUGGGAGCUCUUCAGUGACCGCAGCAUUCGCUGGCAGCUCAUCUCUGUAGCGGUCAUUAGCAGUGCCAUGCAGCUGUGCGGUAAUGAUUCGAUUUACUUCUAUGCAUCAUAUGUGUUCCAAGAAGCAGGUAUAUCUCCAGGUCUAAUCCAAUAUGUGACAAUCGGCACAGGGAUGUGUGAAUUCAGCGCUUGUAUUUUGUGUAACUUGUUGAUAGAAAGGCUGGGUAGAAAGAUGAUGUUGAUGGGCGGCUAUGUUCUCAUGACAGGCUGUGCUAUAAUCUUCACCGUGGCUCUUUCGCUGGAGCAUAUGUAUAACUGGAUGUCUUACCUAAGCAUGGCUUGCGUCUUCACUUAUAUUCUCAGCUUUGGGAUGGGACCAGCUGGCGUGACUGUAAUCCUCCCAACGGAACUGUUUAACCAGACAGCACGUCCUGCUGCUUACAUGAUCUUUGGGUCUUUAUUGUGGAUGAACCUCUUUGUUGUUGGGAUGGUCUUUCCUUUUCUUGUGAAUGGUUUGGGCCAGUAUUGCUUUGUUCCUUUUGGAGCCGUGUGCAUUCUGUCUGCUGUGUAUAUUCUGAUGGUACUACCAGAAACCAAAGGAAAGACCCUACCAAUGAUCACAAGAGAGUUUUACCAUCUUAACUACCGUGGAGAGGAUAAGAUGCAUCCAGAGAGAAAACAAGCCCAUUAUCAACUAGGGGAAAUAUAUUAUUCAACUCCUUUAUAAAUCAUGCUUUCUAGUUUGUUAAAUAUUCACAUUAAAAAGAGUUUUUUUUAUUAGAAAAUGAAUCUUUUAAAGCGUACAUAUCAUGAAAAUCUGACUUUUUCCAUGUUUUAGUGCAAAAAUUGGGUCACCAGUGCUUCUAUAAACCUGAAAAUGUGAAAAAGAACAACCCAUAAACAAUUCUCUGCAAGCAUUUGACAAAAUGUUAAUUGAAAUUUGGCUCCCCUUGUGAUGUCAAAAGGGGAUCAUUUUAUAAUAUUACCGCCCCUUUAUCUGCACUAUCCAACCACGGCACUGCCAUUUAAUGCAAAGAGAGAGAAAAUAAUUGACAGCACAAUUGAGUUUCAAUUUCAACAAACCACCAUUAUGGCAAUCAGAAACGUUUUGUGAAAUACUCUAUGAGACCAAACAGCCAAAAAACAAAAAUGUUUAUUGUUUGGCAUCGUUUUAGGAGUGUAUACAAAUACUUUCCAUUAAUUAAAGAAAGCUUAAAAUGCAAAAUAAAAAACAAAGCCAUUGUGUUGUUUUAUCUAAACCUUUGAUACAGGAGAUCAGUUCAGAUAAUAGCUAAGCUGAUUUUGGCACGAUCCUUGAGGUUGUGCAGUUAUAAGAUCCUUCAGCAUGUUUCUCCUGUAGGUCAAUGUGACUCAGCAACACUCCUCUGGUUUACCCCUGUAGCUUUUCUAUGGCAACCAACAGUUUUAUCUCUGAAAGCACAUAAUACAGGCUGCUUUCAAACAGAUCAAGACUCCACUGUUAAAUAGGGUGACCACCCUCCCAACAAACCAAAUGUGGGACAAUGUGGGAUGUUACAUUAAGAGAUGACCUAAAACUGUGAUAUAAUGUAUAAUAAUAUAAUGGAGCAUUUUAGCUCAUAACACUUACAGUACUUCCAGAAAACACCAGCAGACAGAUUUUGAAGACCAUGACUAAAGUUUUUUUUGUGAUAUAGUUGUCAAUCGUACAAUCUUUCAAGGUAACUGAAUGCAGACUUAUAGUGCGUGUGUGGGCCACAUUUUAAACACAUGCAUAACAAUUAAAAACUAACACUGAUAAAAUUUAAUAUGCGACAUGGGGGACACAGGUUCACAAAGGCUGUGCAUUACAACGCAAAAGGGGACAGGUGGUACUGCUAAAUCUAGUGUUGCUUAUUUCUUAAGUCUGUACAACUGGAUAAACAUACUUAGAAUUUCAAGUCUUAAUAAUUAUGAAUAAAACAUGUUGAACUGUUUUAACUGCUCAUUAAAAAUAAAGUUAAUGUAAAGUUAGUACACAGUAGUUGUGAAAUUCCUACAAAAGCAAUAAAGACCUAAAAUAUAAAUUCUUAAGUGCUGAUGACAACCAGAUACUUUUGCAUUGGUUACUUUUUGCAUUUCUUGGGUUAAAAACUAGUAAGUCAUUAUUAUGAUACAGUAUGGUCUAGAAUCUCAUUGGUAAUAAUUACCUCAAUCCUGUGGUUAUAAAAGUUGCUUAGACUUCGGACCAUGGUGUUAAGGGAAACGAGAGGAUGUCAAUUUUUUAUGUUUUAGAUAUUUUAAUGAUUUACAGCAGAUUUACACACAUUUCUGUUAAAAAAUGAUUCAAAAUAAAUUUUUCAUAUGACUAAUAUUUAGUGUGACCCUUUGCAUCAGGGUGGCCUGUUGCAGUUUGCUUGUUUUACUUAAACUGCUAAAAAUGUAAUAUAACAAUGCACAUAAUGGUAAAUACAGAGGGGUCUCCUUGAAACUUAAUUGGCUACUGUUGUAUGCAUGCUCAAAUACAUUUAAAUUUAUACUGUAUAUGUAAAAAAUACAGUUUUAGUCAACAUUUGUAACAUUUAGAGAAAUGUAUAUUGUUUGUGUCUGAUGCCAUUGAAGCUGGGUCAUUACUUUGUAAUGGUAUUGAAUGUUCCUAAAGGUUACAUCAGAUUGUCUGUGGGAACUUCAUAAUAGCAGUAGUCCACUAUUGUCUAUUUUAUUAUUCAUGCUUGCUUUGAAAGCCACCUUUUUUCAAAAAUAGCUUGUGUACUGCUUUGAUCCUUUCCCAUCAGAGGCGUCAUGCCCAUUCAAACUGAGCGAGCACGUGCCCCCUUAGAUUUUUGAGCCAAGUGGAUUUUGCAUGCAUCCUAAAAAUCAAUGAAGCAUCUUUUCAUCUGUUACUUUGUUUAAUAGACAAAAUAUGACCAGUUCUGCACUUUACUCUAGCAUUUUCGCUGUUUUAAUCACGUGUUUCAUUAUGGACGCAAUGAAUUUAAUGAAUUAAACAAAUCCAGAUGCAAACCAACAGGCAUCAUUGUGCAUGGUCGCAACAUUUUCAAAAUGCAGCAGCUACGGCAAUGUUCA